AUGGUGCAGCAACAGGAGUCCUUCGUCAACAAAUGCCUUUUGCAAGACUUUCAUUGACAGAAUUCGUUCUUCCAGUUAAGCGAAACCAAACCUCUGCAAACGUUGCCAAGAUUUUCAACGAUUCCAACAUAUUAUCCAAGUGGCAAGAGAGCACUCAUGGCAAACAAAUUGCAUCUAGACUCAGAAGAGCAGAACUCACAGAUUUUGACAGAUUCAAACUGAUGGUGAACCAGAAGAAGAAGUCCGCAUUGGUGAGAAAAGAGCUCAAAACCCUCAAGGCUAAACACUAAUAGAUUAGUUUCUUAA